GAUGGCACUUAUUUCACUGGUGACGUUGACAGCUAAAGCCGCUACACGCAGGAAGGCAGAAGCGGCGUUGGAAGUUUAACGUUUCACAUUCAAGCCAGAUACGGUGUCAGUCAGGUUGCUUGUUAAAGACGACUAAUUGAAAACACCUUAUAAUGCCGUCUGCCCCGGCAAGUGCUACUACAGUCGGUGCUGGAGGCCGUUCACCAAAUGCUGGUGGUUCAGGCCCAAGAGCUGGUUCAGGAAGUACAGUGAGACAAAGAAAAACCACUAGCAGCAGCACCACAACAGCCACUCGCUCACGUGCAGGAGGCACCAGCUCUGGUGGCAUGUGGAAAUUUUACACUGAUGAUUCCCCAGGAGUGAAAGUUGGACCAGUCCCUGUUUUGGUUAUGUCUCUUCUCUUCAUCGCAUCUGUUUUCCUGCUGCACAUUUGGGGCAAAUACACCCGAUCUUAAAGAUUGUUUUAUUGGGACCUGGGACAAGUUAUAAUGAACUGACUCGUCACCAUUCCACUGUUUGAUUAAUUCUCUAUCUGGGUUGAGAAUACAAAAUUAUUUCCCUUCUGAAAA